ACCUACGCCACCUUCUCGCCUCUGCCCGACAUCGGAGCAAAGAGUCACCCACAUCCUCGAAUCGAUUACUCCUUCUUCUCCUCCUCCUCCUCCCCCCCCUCACACCCCUCCACUUGUCCCUCCUCUUCCGCCUUCGUCGGCGCCGCCCAAUCGAUUGACAUGUGGACUCACACCGUCCCUCCCUGUCCGAUGCUUGGCCUAACCCUGCCAAGUCAGCCAUCUUGUCUCGGCCCCACUGACUGUUCCAUUGCGAAGUGGCAUCUGCCUCCGCCAAACUCGGCAGCCGGAAAUACUCUCUAUGCGUCAGAGGCACGCGGCGCUAGCAACGGCGGGGCGGCCCACCUGCUGGAGGGUGUAUCCCGACGGCCAGGUUGGUGGAUGGCUGGCGCCGCGUCUCGGCCACUCCAUGGCAAGCUGACGGCCCAGCUCCGAGUCCCGGCACCCGUUGCGGCGUGUCGUCUACACGCACACAAGGCGUCCUUGGCCCGGCCAGACAGACGCCUUCGGACCUUCAGACUCGACCGAACCGCGGCUCGGCCGCUUGGCAACUAUCGGACUCGAACUGCCACGCCGUGUCCGCGCCAUGCAACCUUCAGACAGUCUGCUCGACGCCGAACACGCGAUGACAUCUGCCUCCAGGCCGGUCGGAGGCCAGCUCUUGCUGCACUCUCAGACACACUCUGCACCCACCGACGUAACUGCAACGUUGUAGAUGACUCACUCUGCUCCGACUCUCGACUUACUCUCUUGUCACUUGUUUCCGCUUUGUCCUCUUCUCUUCUCUUUUCUUCCAUUGCCUCUUCCUUUUCUCUCUUCUACCCACUUCGUCUUCUCCUCGUGCAACUCACAUUUGCUGUCCUGUGCCCAGUUGUCACGGCCACCUCACACAGAACAGGCCGGACAAUAGCACGACCAUCUGCCGGAGUGUAG